UUAGAACGAUCACUGACAACGCCGUCGGCUUGGAAGAUGUCCCAAACGAUUUAAAUUAACGACUUAAUUGGCACGCGUAGAUGAUUUUGUUGUAUACCGGGUUAAUGUAUUUGCAAAUAUUUCGUUCGUCAGUUUUUAUGGGAAAUUCUCAACCUUGUCUUCACAUUACAUUACUUAUAGAAGAACCAAACUCGGGCUCAAAAUCCACGUACAUGAAUUGUGUCUUCACUGUUGAGAUAAAAGUGAUUAUUUACCAAACUUGAGCACUGGAUGAUGGAGAACUUCCAGUCAAAGGAAAGAAAAUAGCAUCAGCAAAAACGGCAAAAUUAAAAUGAAUUUGAAUUUUAUGUAAAAGUUCCGGUUUAGUCAAUACAAAUUCCCACCCGAUUCUAGACCGUAUUUCCUGCGGCAUAAGCAACCCUGAGCUUCGCUCAGGGUGGCAGGUUGCAGACAUUUCAUUGGCCCCACCAAGGGGGUGGUCAACCCCUUUGAUUGGAAUGGGAGCCAAUAGGAGCAUCUGAACCUGUGCUUUAGGGGUAGAUUUUUCAUCCACAGGGUGAGCAAAUAUUUGCACAUCAGUUCGAUUAGAGUGGCUGUGCAUCGAAGUUGCGGUUUUUGUUUCAUAACGUGCAGAAAAGUGUUUUUAGUUCGGAAAUAGUUAAUCCAUAACAAGUUACUAAUGAAAAUGUCCUUUUCCAGUGACCACGGACCGUGGGAAUCAGGAAAUGGUGCCGAAUUUCCCAAUUAUUCCAGUGAUAUAAAUGGUUAUGGAGGCCUUUGGGAUCCGCAUCAUUUUCCUGGACAAAGUCCAGCUCUUGGAGGGUAUCCGGACAUCUUAACUGCGUUCAAUUCAGAUUUAGUAUGGCAGCGUCAACAAUGUGGAGGACUCGUCUCAAAUCGACUUGGAAGAAGUGGAUCUUCAAAUGGUAGCCAAUCAAACAAAAAACCCAGAAGAAGAGUGGCAACUAUAGCUCAGCGCCGAGCUGCUAAUAUCAGAGAACGAAGACGCAUGUUCAAUUUGAAUGAAGCGUUUGAUAAAUUGAGGAGAAAGGUUCCGACUUUUGCGUAUGAAAAGCGGCUUUCGCGGAUUGAAACGCUACGACUAGCCAUUACUUAUAUCAGCUUUAUGACUGAAUUGCUUCAUGGCCAUCCGCUAGACCAUAAAGGCGGCGAUAUUUACCCCCAAAGGGAAUACAUUCCUUAUGGACUUAUAAAUUAAUCCCCUUGAAAAUGUCCAUCUUAUAUAAGUGCAAUAUUAAGUUUUAUGCAACUGUGUCUAGUCUUCCAAUGUAUUAUUUACAAGUAAGAAUAUACAUAAGAAA